CCGAGCGGCCACCUCAGUCCUUCAAACAGACACCGCCCCUCCUCUUCCUCUGCUCUCCUCUCCUCUCCCACACGCGUCCUAACGCAAGCAAAGCUCGGCGGAAAGCGGCUCGGACGCCAUGGGCAAGGACUGCGGCAACCACGGCGAGGACGACAUCCGGCGCACGUGCCGGCGCUUCCUGGCCUUCCUCUUCUUCCUGGCCCUCAUCGUCGCCGUCAUCGCCCUCAUCGUCUACCUCGUCCUCCGCCCCACGCACCCGCGCUUCUACCUCCAGGACGCCUCGCUCCGGCAGCUGGACGUGCUCACCGCCAACGCCUCCGCCGCCGCGGGUGUGCUCUCCACCGUGCUCCAGGUCACCGUCGCCUCCCGCAACCCCAACGACCGCGUCGGCGUCUACUACGACCGCCUCGACGUCUACGCCUCCUACAAGUACCAGCAGAUCACGCUGGCCUCCGCGCUCCCUCCGGUGUACCAGGGCCACGGCGACGUCGAGGUGUGGUCGCCGGUGCUCUCCGGCCCGAACGUCCCCUUCGCGCCCUACCUCGCCGACGCGCUCGCCAAGGACGUCCAGGCCGGGUACCUCAUCCUCCAGGUAAAGAUCGACGGCCGCGUCCGGUGGAAGGUGGGCAGCUGGAUCUCCGGCCACUACCACAUCUUCGCGACCUGCCCCGCCUUCCUCGUCGGCGCCGGCGGCAACGGCGCGCCGGGGGCCAGCGGGCUCAGGUUCCAGACCGCCACCUACUGCCACGUCGAGGUCUAGCCGCCGAACCGUACGCGCUCUGC